UCGUUCUGGUUGAAACCCCUGUUUGACCUUCCUUCAGUGAUUGAGGGAGCACGACCGUGAGACAGAGAAAAAGCAAGCAAGUAUAGAAGAUCCUUGGGACCUUGAGGCCCCCCCUCUCCUCCUCUCCCUUUUUCCCUCCAUUGCUUCUAAUUCUUAGAAAAAAAAAGAGAAUGGUUGCCAAAACCCCACCAAAGCUGAGGAGAAUGGCUGCCCCUCUCAAUCCGAAUCUCCUGAGAGAAACGGUGAAGAAGGUGGAUCAAUGCAUGGCUCGGUUGCAGGAACUCCAGUACACGGUUACGGGUGGAACGAAGGUGAUAUCUGGUGUGAAUCUCAGUCCUCGCAGUACAAGAGGAUAUCUAAAGACUAGCCUCAGAUGCAAGCAGGAAUCGCUUAGGAUCAAGAAUGGUGCCACUCGGAUAUCUCCUGUGGGAAAGUUUCCAGGAAGCAAAACUGAGGAAUGGCGUCGAAUGUCACUGCCGGCAAUGUUAGUAGAAGAGACCGUUGGGGAGAUUCUUCAAGCUAGCAAAUUUGCGAGGGUAAUAGCCUCUGCGGUUGCUGCCAAUACCAAGAAAAUUCACUCAGAUGAUCCAAAAACACCAGUGACCCAACGAAACCGAAUUCCUUGUCUCGAAAACACAGAGCUUCGGACCCGAAGAAAGAAGGAGAAGCAAGUUGUUUUCCAGUUGAUUCGAUCAGAAAACAAUGGCCAAGGCCAAAGUAUUCGUCGAGCUCGAUCACGGAUUGAUUUUAAGGUUUCACCUCCAAGUAAAAAAGGAUUUGGAAAAGAAAAUUGGCAUCUUGCCCAACGAGUGUCCCCCAAGAAUAGGCCUUGGGCUAAAAAAACUGUUCUUUUCCCAAACCCAUUAUUCCUCAAUUCUCCUUCUUCCCAACAACACAGAUUCUGCAAGACAAGAUCUCCGGUGAUGGCUAGAGCUCCACAAACUCCACAUAAAUUCUUGAUUAAAUCUCCAAAUGCAACUUCAAAAUUACAAGUGAGAGUUAAGAGUUCACCUGUUUGUAUCUCUCCUACAAGAUCCAUCAACAUGAACAAGAAAUCACCAAAGGUCUCCAGAGUCUCAAAGCUGCGAGGGUCUUUCUCCCCAUCAAGACUUGCAAACAGAUUGGUUUCUCCAUUAAAGAGUAGAGUGUCAGUACAAAAGUAUGGUGGAUUAAAGUGUGUAUCGAAACAGCAGCGGCCAUCAACUCCAACAAGAUCCACCGAUUGGAGAAUCUAAUUGGCAAUUCCAUCUUUAAGAAGUUUUCUCAUCUUCAAGUCCUCCUUACAGUAUUUUCUUGGUGUUUGCAUUCUUUCCAUUAUCAUGUACCAGUUUGAGAGGUUAUUAUGCCAAUAACUCAUGUAAAAAGGCAUAAAAAAAAAUCUCAUUUUUUGCA